UCCAUACUUUCUGACCCCCGCACCUGUCGCUUAUCAUACGGCAUUUCCCUUCUUUCGCCGUCUGCUCCGUGACCGCGAUCAACCCAUCCAUCGCGUUCCCCCCCGUAUGCUCCUGCACACACACCACCACGUCGGAACCUUCCUACGAUGGCAUCUAUAACUGAAACCCGCAUGGGAUGCGGGGUGGCACUUCCAUUCUCCUCAUUUGCAUGUUCGAGAGGGUCUGAAUCACGGGGUCACGUAUGCUGCGGGGACGAAUGGCGCCAUCAGCUACGUUCCAUGCUUCGAGCAGUGCAGUACUCAAGCUCACGGCAUCCAGUGUCCCACCCCCAGUCCCCCUAAUUUGCCCAGAGUUGGAGAAAACCAAACCAGGCGUACCGCUCACUCACCAGGCGUGGUAUCCUCCCUCGGCAGCUGCGGCUCGGGCAACGACGGCGGGUCGGGGACCGCGACGUGCACGGGUGCGCCGGAGGUCCAGUUCCUUGGACAUAAGAAAAAGAAGUCGGAUCAGCCGCUGGGUUGUAACACCCCCCAACCAACCAACCGACAAAAUCGGUGCGGUGUCGCAAGCCCCGCUUCCCCCCAAUCCCUUGACCUCGUCGGCCGUGUCCGCGUCGACGAUGCCGUCUGCUGCUGCGGUGGCUGGCUGCGCCUUGUUGCUGGUGUUGGGUGGGGGUGUUGCGGACAUCUUUUUUCGGGUCGUGGUGUGUUUCGAUAUGCUUUGUGGCGUUGGGAUGGGUGGAUUUAUACUUCGGGGAACAUGGCUGGGAAUGCCCGACUCGCUGGAGGUCGACAUGACGCUGCAAUGACGGCAGGGAGGUUUGACAGCGUGUCCCGCUGUCAGUGAGGUCUCGCCCGCUGCGACGGGAGAUGUCUAGCUGGGACUCGC